ACGGAUAACUCUGUUCAAUGUAUUUGAAUUUUGAAGUUUACAUAGGUGAUGUGGUGUCCGAUUCUCUUGGCGGUCAUGAAGCUACUACUAUCAAAGUAUCAAUUAGGGUCCUUCUUGCAAGCCGCAGUUGAAGGCAUGUGUUACUUAGCUGUCAAGAGUUUACUUCUGUUUUGAAGUUCAAAGAUACAAGGGAUGGCAAUCUAAGAUAUGUAUCCUGACAAUCUGAAACAAUAUAUUGCUUUGAAGUCAUUUAAAUGAAUAAUUAAGACACGACCAAAGCAUGAAGUCACGACUAACAAAUUUUGAUUUCUUUCACGUUUUCCCCUCUAUUGUGCAUGUCCCUGUCCCCCACCUUACAUCCUUCUUGCAACUAACAAUUUAGUCUGUUUAUUAACAUAAAAACGAAUAGGACCAGGACCAGGAGGUAAACCCCACAAGCCACAAUAAUUUUAAACAUGUGCAAUCUGCAGAAUUAUUAAAUUUCACAUGUUCAAGCCCCUUUUAUCCACCCUCUGAAUCUAAUCUAUAUUUGAAGUCUCUUUUCCAAGAUAAUUAAUCAUUCUACAGAUUAGCUGGAAUAAGAAUAAGUUUUACAUAAUAAUAGCACGCUUAAAAGUUGAAAGUUAUCGCGAACCUGCUGCAAUUUGGUUCAAAGGGGUCCCAUAUGAGCUGUUUAAUUUGUUCAAGUCAUAUCCUUCUAGGAAAUAGGUAGGUCCUUUGAUUCCAUAAUCACAAACUACUCAAUUUAUUUGUUUAUGAUUUAACAGCACCCUUCAAAGUUCAAACCAUUGACAAGAAACACAAACAGAAUAGCAGUCUCCAGAAAAGAAGAACAAAAUGGUAGCGGUAUUCAACAAAGAACUCUUGAGUUGGUACCUUAUCACCCUCAAACUCAGACAAACCUUAGAAUCCGGGCGUCCACCAUCUCCUAAUUCAGAAAACCGGUCAAUCGAGUUUCCUCCUCAGCAGCAGCAAAAGCUUCAGCAGGAACCUUCAGAAUCAUUGCAUGUCAUCGUCAAUGAAAAUGGUGAACAUCUGCAAGAGGAAGAAGCUAGCUCCCCAGUAUCUGAUUGGGUGAUCUCCAUCAAGGAAAAACUAGACCAGGCAUGUCAAGAUGAUGUAGCAAGUUCAUGGGCCAAGCUAUCAAUCUACAAAAUCCCCCACUACCUUAGAGAUAGUACUGGCGAUGACAAAGCAUAUGCACCUCAGAUUGUGUCAUUAGGUCCUUACCACCAUGGCAAAAAGCGCCUUCGCCAAAUGGAACGCCAUAAAUGGCGCUCCCUUGACCAUGUCCUCAAGCGAACCAAACACGACAUUAGGCUCUACCUCAACUCCAUGAAAGAGAUAGAAGAAAGAGCUCGCUCCUUCUAUGAGGGACCAAUCAGUUUAAGCAGCAAUGAGUUUGUGGAAAUGUUGGUCCUUGAUGGUUGUUUUGUGCUGGAGCUAUUCAGAGGAGCUACAGAGGGGUUCAAGGAACUCGGGUAUUCAAGGAACGAUCCUAUUUUUGCAAUGCGUGGAUCAAUGCACUCCAUUCAUAGAGACAUGAUCAUGCUAGAAAACCAGCUUCCACUUUUCGUACUAGAUCGGCUUUUGGGACUUCAACUUGGUAACCCAGACCUAAAAGGACUUGUUGCAGGUCUAGCUCUCAGGUUCUUCGACCCCUUAAUGCCAACAGAUGAGCCAUUAACAAAGAGUGAUAUAAACAAAUUGGAAUCAUCAUUUAAAAGCAGUGAUACCUUUGAUCCUUUAUCUGAUUUAGGCGGUCUUCAUUGCUUGGAUGUGUUCAGGAGAAGUCUACUGCGCACAGGACCUCAAUCAACACCAAGAAUAUGGAUCAAACGCUGGUCGAAUAACCAUAGAGUUGCAGACAAACGGCGCCAGCAACUGAUACACUGUGUCACAGAGCUUAAAGAGGCUGGAAUCAAGUUCAAGAAAAGGAAGACGGACCGCUUCUGGGAUAUAAAAUUUGAGAACGGCAUCCUGCGGAUACCACGACUCUUGAUCCAUGAUGGUACCAAGUCUCUGUUCCUCAACCUCAUUGCCUUUGAGCAGUGUCAUCUUGAUUGCAGCAAUGACAUCACAUCCUAUGUUAUCUUCAUGGACAACUUGAUUAACUCUCCAGAAGAUGUGGGGUACCUUCAUUACCAUGGGAUAAUCGAGCAUUGGCUUGGCAGUGAUGAAGAAGUUGCAGACCUUUUUAAUCGCUUAUGUCAAGAGGUUGUGUUUGACAUUAACAACAGUUACCUUUCCACAAUGUCAGAUGCUGUGAAUAGGUAUUAUAACCAUAGAUGGAACAAGUGGUAUGCAAGCUUGAGACACAAUUACUUUAGUAAUCCCUGGGCGAUUAUCUCUUUCAUUGCUGCUGUUGUCUUGUUGCUACUUACUCUUGCACAAACCUACUACAGUGUAUAUGGUUAUUACAGACCAGCUCAGUAACUGGUGUACCCCUGCAAGGUCUUUCAUUUCUUAGUUCUUGCUUACCAAUGCAUUUUAUAGCAUUGAUCAUUUUUAAGUCUAAGAUAUUGAUGUGUUUGCACUAGCUUCAAGAAUCAAGCCUGGAAAAGAGCUUGGAAGCAUGGAUCCUCACUAUUUAAUUUGUUUUGGCACAGAAGGUGCUGGCUUGUGCCUACUACUGUAAUACAAGUUCCAUUUGUGAUGCAUAUGAUGCUUACCAAAACAACUUUGGUUUAGCUGCAUCAACAAGUUUUCUUUUCACAUAUUCUAAAUAGAUUUAAAUUGUA